AUGAUCCGCGAGUUCCUGGCCGUGGCGGCACGCGCGGCGCUGGAGUGGGCGCUGGCGUCGCUGCUGCUCGCCAACGGCGCCGCGUUCUGCCUCAUCGCCGCCGCCGCCGAGCGCCUCCGCCUCGCCCCGCCGUGCAUCGCCUGCGCUCGCGUCCACCGUCUGUUCUGCUCCUCCUCUGCCUCCAGCGCCACUGGCGUGGAGCGCGACGCUCUGCGCCUCCUCCUCUGCGAUGCCCACCUCGCCGCCGUCGCCGUGGCCAGCUCGGCGCCUCCGGAUCGCUGCGACGGGGAUGGUGUAUCGGAGACGGAAGCGGCGAUGGCGGCAGAGGAUCCGAACAAGGUUUCAGGUGAACACUCGUCGACUCGAUUGAUUCUCAUCCAUCCUCUGAACUUUUUUGCACUGAAGUCGGUGGUAUCAAUUACUCCUAUAUACAUCUCGAUUACCCAAUGA